GUCGCCUCAGAGCUAGUUUGGUAGUGCGAGAGCUCGAAGGCCAUGGGUUGCUUUCAGAUGCGUUCUCCGGUCGUUCUCAUCGUCACCAUCCUCCUGCUGCUCCUAGCUUGUCUCCAAGCAUCACCUUCUUCCCAGCUGCAGAAGCAGCACCAGAAUCACAUCCGCAAGAUGCUCAACGCCAGCGCGUCUACCCCUGCGACGGGCGGCGGGGGAGGAAUCCACUCGUCGAGGCGAGUGGACGUGUACGGGUGCUCCAGGCCGGAGGAGCUCGUGACGGUUUCCCAGAACAGCGACCCCAUACUCCACACCGGCGUGCCAGCCUACACCGUCCAGAUCACCAACACCUGCAUCGACUGCGCCGUCUGCGACGUCCACCUCUCCUGCGGCGACUUCGCAAACACGGAGCUCGUCGACCCGGCCACCUUCCGCCGCCUCGGCUUCGACGACUGCCUCGUCAAGGACGGCGGGCCCGUCGGACCCGGCGAGUUGAUCAGCUUCCAGUACGCCAACUCCUUCAUCUACGAGAUGAAAGUCGCAUCCGCCGCCUGCAACUGCGCCUAGCUGUGGCAGCUCCGAGAUCGAAUCCAUCGGCGAUGCAUGGACGCAGCUAGCGAUCCUUGCAUUCUUAUUAGAAAUAAUAAAGUUAGGUUGAGCUCAGCUGGUAGUAGUCUGACCUCGGGUUGCUUUAGGGCGUCUCUAAUCUUAGGUUUGAAGGUACUCCUUUGUGUCUAUAUAUGUGUUUAUGGAAUCAAUAAA